UCACACCUCUCUUAUAAAUACCUGACUCUAAAAGUGUCGUCAAUUAGGGUUUUAGGUUCUUACACUACUUGGCCUCUCUCGGUUCUGCUUCCUGAAGCGAGCGCCUCCAAAGCGAAGAAAAUGGUGAAAGGACGGCAGGGAGAGCGAAUCAGGCUCUACAUCAGAGGAACAAUACUCGGCUACAAGAGGUCCAAGUCGAACCAGUACCCAAGCACCUCGCUGAUCCAGAUUGAGGGAGUGAACACAAAGGAGGAGGUUGCGUGGUAUGCUGGCAAGCGCAUGGCUUAUAUCUACAAGGCCAAGGUGAAGAAGAAUGGUACCCACUAUCGCUGCAUUUGGGGGAAGGUGAUUAGGCCUCAUGGUAACAGUGGUAUUGUUCGUGCUAAGUUCAAGUCGAAUCUUCCACCAAAAUCCAUGGGAGCUAGAGUUAGGGUUUUCAUGUACCCCAGCAACAUAUGAGGUUGUGUAGAUGCUGGAUUGAGCCGGGGGAACAUGUGAUAGUUCUUUUUAGGCCAAAUCGAGUUAUGCUGUUACUUCUUUUUAAGAGCAGUCGUGUUUUUGAGAAGAAUCAUUUUUCUUUAUUUAGGUUGGUGGAUUGAACAUUGUUCGACUCUUUACUAAUUUCAUUUAUAAGUUUCCACCUGUUUGUUUCUUGACUUGAGUAUUUGGAUUAUCAGCAUUGAUAGAAAUGGAUAUUGAGCAAUAUUAGUUCUAGGUAUUUAUGAUUA